GAGGGGCUCCCCUUUCUUCCCUCCCCACGUCUCAUUCCCAUUUCUUUGCUUCAUUUAGUUUAUCUAGUUCUGCAUAACCAUCUCCACUAUAAUUCUGAAAUACACAAAAAAACUAAUUAGCCAUGGAAACUUGCCCUACCCUGCCCUGAAAAUUAAAUCCAUUACUUCAAACCCUAGCAGUCUGGUAGGUCUGGUUUCACACCCAUAAUUUAUGAAAAUUAAUAAAUUUUGGUGAAAAUUAAGGUGAAAAUUUGGGAGGAGAGAUGGCAAUGGAAGCUGCUUACAAGCUAAAUGUGUUUAUUUUAUGUAUUUUUAUUGUUAUAAUAACAAUUCCGGCAACGGUGACAGCCAACAUUGUGGUUUUCGACGAGCACUGGCAAGGUCGAGCUAAAGAAGCGAAGCAGGCCGCCAACAAAGCCUACAAUAAAAAUCCUGCAGAAGUCACUGGAAGUUUCAAUAAGGAAGUCCACAACACCUUCGAUAGCAUGAACAAUACGCGAAGGAGCUUAAAAGAGAAGUACAAGGGUCCAUGCCUGGCUACAAACCCUAUUGAUCGUUGCUGGAGAUGCGAUCCAAACUGGGAAACAAAUCGCAAGAAGCUGGCUGAUUGCGCCCAAGGCUUUGGGCACAAGACGACAGGAGGCAAGGCUGGAGAAAUAUAUGUGGUGACAGAUAACUCCGACAAUGACCUCGUGAACCCGAAACCAGGGACACUACGCCACGCUGUGAUUCAAACUGGGCCACUCUGGAUCAUAUUCGCUCACGACAUGAAGAUAAAGCUAAGCGAAGAGCUUAUGGUGACGAGUGACAAGACGAUUGACGCGCGAGGUGCUAAUGUGCACAUUCAAGACGGUGGCCAAAUUACACUACAGUUUGUGAAGAAUGUGAUCAUCCAUAACCUCCACAUUCACGAUAACAAGGCAGGAAAUGGUGGCAUGAUUAGGGACUCGGUGAAUCACUAUGGACAACGCACACGUAGUGAUGGUGAUGGUAUAUCAAUGUAUGGAGCCUCAAACGUUUGGAUAGACCAUGUCUCCGCGUCAAAUUGCGAGGAUGGACUCAUUGAUGCCAUCCAGGGGUCUACAGCCAUCACCAUAUCCAAUUGUCACUUCACCAAUCACAAUGAUGUGAUGUUAUUUGGUUCAAGUGAUAGCAACUCUCAGGAUGAAGUGAUGCAGAUAACUCUUGCUUUCAACCAUUUCGGUCAGGGGUUAACUCAGCGUAUGCCAAGGUGCCGGUGGGGGUUUUUCCAUGUUGUAAACAACGACUACACGCAUUGGCUUAUGUACGCUAUUGGUGGCAGCCAACAUCCUACCAUAAUUAGCCAGGGCAACCGCUUCAUUGCUCCGUUAAAUGAAGCGAGUAAAGAGGUGACUAAGAGGGAAUAUGCAGCAGAGAAUGUGUGGAAAUCGUGGAAUUGGAGAUCGGAGAACGAUCUUAUGAUGAAUGGAGCAUUCUUUGUUGAAUCUGGUAGCCCAAUCAGGAAUCUCCCAGAGGCGGAUAUGAUCCAGGCAAAGCCUGGGACAUUCGUGGCGAAGCUCACACACUUUGCAGGUCCUCUUAAAUGCAUUAAAGGGAAGCCAUGCUAGAGUAUAUGUUGAACAACCAUAACAAAUAUGUAUAUAAAUAUAUGAAUCUCAAACUGAACCCUGUUGAAAACACAGAGGUUUUUGUAGCAGUAGACAGUGAAGAGUAAUAAGAAAACACUGUCCUCUUAUAAAGUUCGAUCGAGGUUGGGGGUAGAAGGGAAAAUUACAUGAUAGAAUUUGGGAAACAUUAACUUGAGGUGUAUACACAGAAAUGUAAAUUUCUGAUUGCAGUUGAUUUAAUCUGUUCUUUCCAGUCAAGAUCAAUGUAUUAAAAGCGUGAGGUGUGGGCGAGGCAUCUGAGGGAUAGCCCAGCCUAGGCGUGAGGCGAACCUUCACGGGACUUAAAUUUUUUAAUAUAUACACUGAGCAUACAUAUAUAUUACAUUAAAAAAAAAUUAUUAAUAAAUAAU